UCUUGGCACUGCAGCUCCUCUUGAGUUCCUCAGGCCCAGAAUGGAGACCCGACAUCGGUUCCCCACACUUUAGACUUCUGGGGGCUGUGACAAAACCAGCGAGGUGAGCCUGGGACCAACCGGCUCACUGAUUUGUCAGCAAGGCUGUUGGCUUUUAAAACUAGACAGGAAGGAAGGUUGAGGUGGAGCCCUGCACAGGAAGAGCUGAGGAGCUGAGCUGCAGUGACAGUGGGUAAGCCUGGGGACUGCAGGAUGUGGUGGGUCUGUCCCUCAUUGCGCUGGUGUGAUCAGUGUGGUAAACUCUCCUGAUCCCUUCAGAGAAGGUUCCGUCAGCUCUGGACAGAACAAGGCUCCAGACUCAGCUGACCUGCCACUGGUCACCCAAGGCGUUCCUGCUCCCUGGGCAGAGCUGAGCCCAGGAGCAUGCAGAUGGGGCCCUCUGAGCACCCACUUUAGCACCCUGGAGCAGCAACAAGGGCUGGGAGAAGAACUGUCAACAAUGGGUGACUGGUGUCUGCCGACAAGUCCAUCAGAGACUGUUGUGACCCCUGUGCCUGAGGAGGAGGGACAUACUUGGGAUGGGCUGUAGGCGACCUCCCGAGAGGCCGUGGCUUUGGUGAAAGGGCAUGAGCAGGUGGGAUGUACAAUGCGUGCUCCUUGCCAUCUCUGCAUCUGUCCUCAGCAGAAGCUGUGCUUCGUGCAGCCCAGAGCUCCCGAGCUUCCAGGAAGGGCAGGCAAGCUACGAGAAGUCACUGUGCCACUGCUCCGAGAGCCAUCUGCCUUCCGGUCCCUCUCCUUCCCUUUCCCUUCUGACAAUUAAAACACUGCUUUCUAGAGCAGUUUCAGGCUUAGGGAAGAAUCAUGAUAAGUAUGGAGUUCCCGCAUACUUCUGUCUGCCCCAUCUGCAUCUCCUAACAGUGCUAUGUUAGGGACCUCGAGUGCUUAGCUGACACAACAUGAUCACCAGAGGCCCAGUUUACAUGAGGGUGCCCACUGGCAUACAUGCAGUGACACCCAGCCAAGAUUACAGCGUCACACAGAGCAGUGUCACUGCCUACUUAUCCUCAACCCUGGUGCCCACCAACCUCCAUCUCCAGUCUUCGCCUUUCCCAGGGUGUUAACUAGAUGGAAUCACGCACUGUUUCCUUCCCAGAUUGGCUACUUCCUUCCCAGAUUGGCUACUUCCUUCCCAGAUUGGCUACUUCCUUCCCAGAUUGGUUACUUCCUUCCCAGAUUGGCUACUUCCUUCCCAGAUUGGCUACUUCCUUCCCAGAUUGGCUACUUCCUUCCCAGAUUGGCUACUUCCUUCCCAGAUUGGCUACUUCGCUCCUUCCUCCUUUUAGUUACCUGGCUCAUACAGCAUCACCAUUGCCAGGCCACAAAUGAGGAAACCAAGGUGUAGAGAGGUGACACAGCCUGCCCAGGGCCCCUCAAUUAGGAAGUGGCAGAGCCAGAGUCCAAGUCUUGUUCAUUUGGGCCCUGAUCUUUAUGAUUGUUUUCACCGACCACGAAACAGCAGAGACCCACAGGCAGCAGUCUGGACUAUGUCUUCACAGCUCCUGGCUGCAGUCACAGACUCCAUGAGGCAGCAAGAGGUGAGGGCAGAUAGAGAAACAUGCCUGGCCUACAAUGUUGGCUCCCUGGCUGAGCGGGUGAAGGCCCUUGUGGAUCUGCUGGCUGGGAAGGGUGUUCGGCUACUACAGGCCCCUGACAAAAUGCCAGACUCCCCCCUGGGAUCCCAAAGCAACGGUAAGACUUCCGUGGUGGGGGAGGGGCACCUGAACCCUCUCACCUUGCCCUGGGACCUCACCUGUUUUGUCUUGUGUCCCGCAGACUCAAGGAUACGGAGGUACUGUGAGGCCCUGCUGAGCAGGCUGGGAGGUGACCCCGCACAUAGGCUGGCCAGCCUCCUGCUGGUAGAGGGCCUGACAGACCUGCAGCAAAAGGAGCAUGACUUCACACAGGUGGAGGCCACACGUGGGGUCUGGCACUCUGCCCGGGCCAUCACCCUGGAGAGGCUCUUCCUGCCUUUGUCCCGGGUGUCCAUACCACCUCGCAUCUCUGUCACCAUUGGAGUCGCUGGCAUUGGCAAGACUACUCUGGUGAGGCAUUUUGUUCGUUGCUGGGCCAGAGGGCAAAUGGGCAAGAACUUCUCAUUGGUUCUGCCCUUGACCUUUCGGGAUCUUAAUACCUAUGAGAAGCUGUCUGCAGACAGACUCAUCCACUCCAUCUUCCCAAACGCUGGGGACGGUAAUCUGGUGAGAACAGCCCCAGACCGAGUCCUCCUGGUCCUGGAUGGCUUGGAUGAGUGUAAGACACCCCUGGAAUUCUCCAAUACCAUGGCCUGCACAGACCCAAAGAAGGAGAUCCAGGUCGAUCACCUGAUCACUAACAUCAUCAGAGGCAACCUCUUUCCAGACAUCUCUGUCUGGAUCACCUCCCGUCCCAGUGCUGCUGGUCAGGUCCCUGGCGGCCUAGUGGACCGGAUGACUGAGAUUAGGGGUCUUACUGAGGAAGAGAUAAAAGCGUGUCUGGAGCAGAUGUUUCCUGAGGACCAGAACCUCUUCGGCCAGGUGUUGAGUCAAGUGAAGUCCAACAGGGCUCUGUAUCUGAUGUGCACUGUGCCAGCCCUUUGUAGGCUCAUGGGGCUGGCCCUGGGUCACAUGUACCACAGCAAGCUGGCUGUCCAAGACACAGAGCUGCCGCUGCCUCAGACCCUGUGUGAGCUCUACUCCUGGUACUUUAGGAUGGCCCUUGGUGGGGAGGGGCAGGACAAGGGAAAGGUAAGUCCUAGGAUUGAGCAGGUGGCCCAGGGAGCCCGCAAAAUGGUGGGGACAUUGGGCCGCCUGGCUUUCCAUGGGCUGGUCAAGAAGAAAUACGUGUUUUAUGAGCAAGACAUGAAGGCAUUUGGCGUGGACCUCGCUUUGCUGCAGAGUGCUCUGUGCAGCUGGCUUCUGCAACGGGAAGAGACUCUGGCCUCCUCAGGAGCUUAUUGCUUUACUCACCUAUCUCUGCAAGAAUUUGUGGCAGCCGCAUAUUACUACAGUGCAUCCAAGAGAGCCAUCUUCGAUCUCUUCACUGAGAGUGGAAUGUCUUGGCCCAGGCUUGGUUUCCUCACACAUUUCAGGUGUGCAGCCCAGCGAGCCACGCAAGCCAAGGAUGGGCGGCUGGAUGUGUUCCUGCGUUUCCUCUCUGGCCUCCUGUCUCCAAGGGUUAAUACUCUGCUGGCUGGCUCCCUGCUGGCCCAAGGUGAGCACCAGAAUUACCGAGCCCAGGCGGCUGAAGUCCUACAAGGCUUGCUGCGUCCCGACACUGCCGUUUGCGCGCGCGCCAUCAACGUCCUGUACUGCCUGCAUGAACUGCAGUGCACAGAACUGGCCUGCAGUGUGGAGGAGGCCAUGCAGAGUGGGACCUUGGCUGGGCUCACCAGCCCCUCGCAUCGCACCGCUCUGGCCUACCUCCUGCAGCUGUCUGACAUCUGCUCCCAGGAGGCCAGCUUAUCCCUGUGCCUCAGCCAGAGCGCACUCCAGAGCCUGCUGCCCCAGCUGCUUUACUGCCAGAGCCUCAGGCUGGACAACAACCAGUUCCAGGAUCCUGUGAUGGAAUUGCUGGGCAGUGUACUCAGUGGGAAGGACUGUCGCAUCCAAAGCCUCAGCCUGACUGAGAACCAGAUUGGUAACAAAGGGGCCAAAGCUCUGGCCAGAUCCCUCUUGGUCAACAGAAGUCUCAUCACACUAGACCUCCGGAGUAACACCAUCGGACCACAGGGGGCUAAGGCCCUGGCAGAAGCUCUGAAGAAAAACCGAACUCUAACCUCUCUGAGUCUCCAAAGCAACAUGAUCAAGGAUAAUGGUGUCAUGUGCAUGGCUGAGGCCCUGGUCUCCAACCAGACAAUCUCCAUACUACAGCUACAGAAGAACCUGAUUGGGCCUACAGGAGCCCAGCGAAUGGCAGAUGCCCUGAAGCAGAACAAGAGUCUGAAGGAACUCAUGUUUUCCAGUAAUACCAUUGGGGAUGGAGGAGCCAUGGCUCUGGCUGAGGCCCUGAAGGUGAACCAGGGCCUGGAGAACCUAGACCUACAGAGCAAUGCUAUUAGUAACACUGGCGUGGCAGUGCUGAUGCGAGCCCUCUGUGUUAACCAGACACUCUCCAGUCUCAACCUACGAGAAAACUCUAUCAGUCCAGAGGGAGCCCAGGCCCUCGCUCAAGCUCUCUGCAUGAACAACACUCUGAAGCACUUGGAUCUAACAGCCAACCUCCUCCACGACCAAGGUGCCCAGGCCAUUGCAGUAGCAGUAGGAGAAAACCACUCUCUCACACACCUUCACCUGCAGUGGAACUUCAUCCAGGCUGGUGCAGCUAGGGCCCUGGGACAAGCGCUCCAGCUGAACAGGACCCUGACAACCUUAGAUCUACAGGAGAACGCCAUCGGGGAUGAAGGAGCUUCUGCAGUGGCGGGGGCCCUCAAGAUGAACACAACCCUCACUGCUCUCUACCUACAGGUGGCCUCCAUUGGCACCCAAGGGGCCCAGGCACUUGGGGAGGCCCUGGCUGUGAACAGAACCUUGGAGAUUCUUGACUUACGAGGAAAUGACAUCGGGGUAGCUGGUGCCAAGGCCUUGGCAAAUGCUCUGAAGCUAAACUCCGGUCUCCGAAGACUCAAUCUUCAAGAGACCUCACUGGGGAUGGAUGGGGCCAUAUAUGUCGCCGCUGCACUGUCUGAGAACCAUGGUCUGCAUCAUAUUAAUCUCCAGGGAAAUCCCAUUGGGGAAUCUGGUGCCAGGAUGAUCUCAGAGGCUAUCAAGACAAAUGCUCCCACAUGCAAUGUGGAAAUGUAAGGAAAGCAAGUUCCUGGUGGACUAUGCAGAGACUCCACUGGAAGCUUUCAUCAGUGACCUACCUGUUUCUGCAUAUCUUCCUGGAGUCUGAAUGCUGCUAAGCCAGUUCUCAAGCUGGUCUCUUGAACAGGAAGGAAGGACACUUCUAGAAGAGGUCACAGGUGUCUUUCCUCCCCAGGGUCAGUCAGAGGGAAGAUGGAUACUUUGCAACAGCAUAGAGAAGGGAAGGAGCUGCUGCCAAGGGGCACUCAGGAACAAAAUCUAAAGCUCCACAAAGUAGGAAGCUGGUCCUGGUUUAUUCAUACCCUGGGGUCUUCUUCAUAGCCCCAAGUUAAAAAACAAAACAGCAACAACAAAACCAAAUGUAUUUCUGCCCGUGUGUACUUACAUGGCUAACAUCAUCAGUCUUUGGUAUUCAGCUGCAGUCUUCAAGCCCAGUAAGUACCUGAGACUGGCAAAGGUGAUAAUGGGCCCCUUUUUGCUUUUCUCAAGAGAAGAAAAAAGUUUUGGGGUGUGACCCUUAGAUACAUAUGGAGAAAACAUGAGAAAUUUUUGGAGAUAAAUGAAAGGUUAAUUCUGAGGUUCUAGAGCCAGAGAUGAGACUCCAAAGGCUCUGCAUUCUUUAAGAUCUCUCAGACAUCUAGAAUGGUCUGCCAUAUUUGGAGUUCAGCACACUGGUUAUCAUUGCAAAUUAAGUGCUGAUACUUGGAUGCCAUUAGCCUGUAUUUAGGCAUCCAAAACCUCUACAGUGGCUAUGGCUUCCCCUUGGAGACAAACAAGCUAUGCUUCCAUGAGGCAAAUUCCCUUCAUUGUCUGAUUGAAACAGGAAAACCUAAACAAACUUCACAGAUCUGAGCAGGUGAUGUGACAAAUGCUGUUGUAACAAAUUGAUUAAACUAAGCUAGGCAAAGUGUUAUGCACCUGUAUCCCAGCACUUGGAGGAAGCAGGAGGAUCAGGAGUUCCAGGUUAUCUUUGGAUACAUGGUGAGUUCAAGACCAGUUUCUGCUGUAUGAGAUCCUGCCUCAAGAAAAACAAAGGAAAAUAAAGUGAUUGAUUUAACCUCACAGUCAUGGGGGCAAAUGAACGUCAUGCAUGACUGCAGACAAAGCACUGAAAGAGCAUUUCUGCCACAAAUGCUUACCCAAGCCUAACUGUAAAGGUAUGGAGAUGCAAACUCCAAGUGGAAGGACUAUACAAAGAUGUCUGGACUGCUGAAAAAUGUUACAGUGGUCUGGAGAUGGUUUUAAACUAAACAAACGAAAAGGACCCAAGAGUUCUUGAUGGGCUCCUAGGCUGGAGGAAAAAUAUAAUCUUCAAAGAAUAGUA